GGGCGUCUGUUUGGACAUGACGCCCAUCGUUGACGAGUCUUGAUCAGCACUGAGCGAUUCUGAAGGCUCACAUUCGUGUGGGCUCUCUGAACAUUCAACUCGCUGCAAUCUCGACAUCAUCGUCGCUCCGCGCACCUAUCACACACAGUCUUUGAUGGCGAAGUCUGCCGUGUUGCUGGCACUUCCUCAUGCUUGUGCACAUGGCGUCUGUCUGGCUCUCAGCGACAGUAUUGCCAAUAUGUGAGGUGAUGAUAUGAGUCGUCAGACAUCAUGGGUUUCCGCAUUACAACAUGGAAUGUCAAUGGCAUCAGAAAUCCGUUCGCCUAUCCUCCAUGGAGAGAUCAGCGAACAUUUCAGGCAAUGUUCGACAUCCUCGAAGCAGACAUUGUGAUCAUCCAAGAGACAAAGAUCCAACGCAAAGACCUCCGCGACGAUAUGGUACUGGUUCCGGGGUGGGAUGUUUACUUCAGCCUGCCGCGACACAAGAAGGGCUAUUCUGGGGUCGCAAUAUACACUCGCAACGCUACUUGUGCGCCUAUUCGCGCCGAAGAAGGUGUAAUCGGCGUGCUCUCGCCCCCCAAAUCCUCGACGAGCUUUCGCGACCUCCCCAAGGAUCAGCAAAUUGGCGGAUACCCUCGGCCAGGACAGCUCUCAGGCGUCGUAGAUGAAGCCAUACUCGACUCCGAGGGACGAUGUGUCAUUCUCGAAUUUCCCGCGUUCGUACUGUUGGGAGUCUACAGCCCAGCAAAUCGAGAUGAGUCGCGCGACGACUUUCGAAUGGGCUUUCUGGAGGCUCUGGAUGUGCGAAUACGCAAUUUGGUUGCCGAAGGCAAGGAGGUCAUUCUGACUGGUGAUCUCAACAUUGUCGGCUCUGAGCUGGACUCAUCGAACGUCGCAGAAAGUCUCAAGAAGAACGACAUUACCAUGGAAGAGUGGCAGAGCCUUCCUUCUCGACGUCUCUUCAACCAGUUGGUUUUCGGUGCCACGGUCUCAGGCAAUCGAGAUGAAGGGCGAGAACAACCAGUGCUGUGGGACCUUUGCCGAUGCUUCCACCCGACCAGACAAGGCAUGAACACCUGCUGGGACACCAAAAAGAACACCCGUCCCGCGAAUUACGGCAGCAGAAUCGACUACGUGCUCUGCAGCGACGGGCUCAAGUCCUGGUUCGUGGACGCGAAUAUCCAGGAGGGGCUCAUGGGGUCUGACCAUUGCCCGGUGUAUGCCGUUGUCGCGGACAUUGUGGCACGGACCAGCAGAGACAUCCCUUUGCUCGACAUCGUCAACCCCCCAGGGAUGUUCAAAGACGGUCAGCGCCAGCGCGAGUGGGGACAGAAGGACUUACUUCCCCUGUCUGCGAAGUUGAUCCCCGAGUUCGACCGCCGACAGAGUAUCCGCGACAUGUUCACCAAAAAAACAAGCAAUGGCCUGAACAGUUCGGUCCAAACACCAACGACGCAGUCAACAACGGCCCCGCAAACUUCGCUCGAGGAAUCAGUAGGCUCAGACUUCAGUCGUAUAAGCAGCAAUGGGACAGCCGUGGAGUGUUCCAUUGCGAAGAAAAAUGGUCCGAGCGGCGAUGCUAUACCUGCUGCCAUUAAUAGGAGCCCCAAGCAGACGACCGCACAGAAGCGUUCUGCAGAUUCACCUGGGACGGCCGAUGCAACCACAAAGUCGAAGCGAAGCAAAUUGAUCACUGAUAAUGCAGCCAAGAACAAGGUCGCACCAGGUCAGCGAACUCUACAGGGGUUCUUCAAGCCCAAGCCCACGUCGUCUACCAAAAGGGAAGAGGAUGCAGCCUCUGUCACCAACAGCACAGUACCGACCUCCCCUGCGCAGGCGGCUCUUGCAUCGACUGUAGCCCCCACCAACCGCUCACCUGCCAAACACAAGGAGGGUACGCCACCACCGAGGUCCGAGCUCGCAACGCCCGUCGAAUGGCAAGAGAAGGUAUUCGACCCCAUCGAAGCGAAGGAGUCCUGGUCAAAGCUCCUUGGGAAACGAGUGGUCCCUCGAUGUGAGCAUGACGAGCCCUGCAUCAGCCUCCUCACCAAGAAGCCCGGUGUCAAUUGCGGGCGAUCAUUCUACAUCUGCCCCAGACCACUCGGCCCUUCCGGUGAGAAGGAGAAGGGGUCUGAGUGGCGCUGUGGCACGUUCAUAUGGAGCAGCGACUGGAACGGGUCGUCGAGCUAGCGAGAACUUCGAGAAGGAUUCCACAGUCAGCUCAAGAUCUUAGAAUGGCUGUGCGCCGACGGUAACUUCGCUCGCCAUGGUCCACAGCAUUCCUGGGAUUUGUACUCGAUUGCACCCC